CUUCACCUUGUCCAGAUUCGCCUGAAUCAGCUGUUGAAUUGUAGUUUCUCCAUUCUUUUAAUUCUUUGAAUGUUUAACAAAUUAUAGAAUAAAUAUGAAUUUAUCUAUGAAAAAUAUUACAAAACCUUUACAAUUAAUAGUGUUUAAACAAUUAAGUCGAAAUACAAGCAAAAUCGCUGUAGAAGUUGACGAGCAUGUUUUGCGUAAAAUAGAAAAUGAUGAAGUAAAAGCGAGGCAACAUCCUGGAGUUAUGAAAUUCAAUCGCACGCUUUUACCGGGUAAUAUCGAGAAAGCUUUACAAAAAGCAGUUGGUGAUUUUCCCAUUAAAACUCUUAUGGAAGACUGUAAGAAAUUAAACCAAUUCAUUGCAUCUCGUCAUCCACCAGCAGAAGCAGAGGAAAUGAAUGUGAAAGUUAAGAAAAUUAUGGAAGAGAUAGAAACAAUAAUGCCGCAAGAACAAAUGGGAAAUCUCAGUGAACAGGAACGUAAACAAUGGCAACAGCGCAGAGAACAAUUAUUGCAAAGACGCUUAAGGGAGAGAUCGUUUGCCUGGAAGCCGGUACAAUAUGGAGAAUAUGAAGCACUGGUGUAUGCAGUGGCCAGAGGGGCACAUGAGUAUGGUGUUUUAAUGCGUAUUUUACAGGAAAUUAAGACACGUGAUUCGUCAUUUAAACCACAAAGUUAUUUUGAUUUUGGUUCGGGCGUUGGCACUGGCAUGUGGGCCAGUAGUAACUUAUGGAAGGAUUCCAUAUUCGAAUAUUUCAAUGUUGACAGUUCUAGGCAUAUGAAUGAAUUAUCCGAAUUAAUUUUAAGGGAUGGCAAUGAAAAUCAACAAAUGACUUUGAAAAAUGUUUUCUAUCGACAGUUUUUGCCGGGACUAGAAACUAAAUAUGAUUUAGUUAUAUGCUCCCAUUCCUUGUUUGAAUUAGCUAGCUCGGAAAACCGUUUGAGUGUGAUAUUAAAUUUGUGGAAGAAAUGUGAUGGUUAUAUGGUUAUAGUUGAAGAGGGUACAAGACGUGGUUCCCAAUUGGUAAAUGAGGCCAGAGAUUUCGUUUUAUCCUUAGAAAAACAUAGUUUAGUGGGUCAUGUUUUUGCACCGUGUCCACAUGACAACAUUUGUCCCCGCCUUUCAAAUCCAGAAGAUCGUACUCCCUGUAAUUUCGAAAUUACUUUUAUGCCAACAAAUUUAAACAAAAAAAGCAAACGUACAGCAACAGCCAGAUUUAGUUAUGUGAUACUUAAAAAAGGACUACCAGAAGAUAGUACAAGAGCAUGGCCUAGAAUUGUACGUCCUACACUUUUACGUUCGAAACAUGCCAUUUGCAGAAUGUGCACAUCCGAAGGCAAAUUACAAGAAAUUAUAUUUACCGAAUCUAAACAUGGAAGACCCGCAUAUAGAUGUGCCAAAGCUGGUCGUUGGGGUGAUCGUUUGCCUAUAACUAUUGGUGAACCUUUCGAAACCAUGACUAAGACAAAAGCUAAAACAGUUAAUCAUACAAAUUCUGAAAACGUACCACAACAGCCUAUGAAAGAAGAAUAAUAAGCCUAAGUUAAAGUAGUUAUAAGAAUGUUGUUAAUUAAUAUGUUGUUUCUGUAAAUAAUAAAACUAAGAAAUUUAUUUUAUUACGAAAUGCUAGUGCCCAAUAUUA